AUGAACGAAAUCCGUUCAGGUUUUCAUGCACGAACCUUCGAUCAACUUCUUCGACACCAAAUUGUUGAACCGAGCGAACAAGCAGAUAAGAGUGAUGAAGAUUUUUUAAGUCAAGAUGAAUUUAUAACUCUCUUUCAUCUACUUACUCGUCGUGAAGAUCUUUUUGAAGUUAUGCAAAAUUAUGUUGAAAAUGAAUACAAAACAUCGAUUGAAACAAUUCAAAUGACUGUUGAUGAGCUUUUAUCUUUCCUUCAAAAUAGUCAAUAUCAAAAAAUUCAAUUGCCAGAAUUCAAAGAUUUGAAUCGUGAACAAGCACAACAAAUAAUUGAUAAGUUUGAAAACGAUAGUGAACUUAGAGAAAAUGGUCUUCUAAGUUUUAAUGGUAAAUAUUCUUGUGAACGACUAUAUCGUUAUUUUCAACCAUAA